AUGUUCAAAAGUUUACGUGGUAAGAAAAAAGUUGAGAAAUUCGAUGAUUCAAAGUUAAUUAAAAUUGAUAUACCAAUUGAAAAUGUGCCAAGUGGUAUCCAACCUCCAAAACCAAAAGAAUUGACUAGUGAACAGAAGGAAAAAUAUUUAAAAGUUUUAAAGCAUUUUAGUCAGCCUAAUUUAAAAGUACCAAGUGUCGAAAAGAAUCCUUCUGAAAAAGAUUUUGCACCAUUAACUGAAUAUGAAAAAGCUUGGCUAUCAAGAGAAUGUUUAUUAAGAUAUUUGAGAGCUACUAAAUGGGUCUUAAAAGAUGCUAUAGAAAGAAUUACAUUGUCUUUAGCUUGGAGAAGAGAAUUUGGUAUUAGCCAUCUAGGUGGAGAAAAUGGUGAUAAAGUUACAAUGGAUUCAAUUGGUAUGGAAAAUGAAAGUGGUAAACAAGUCAUCUUAGGUUACGAAAAUAAUGCAAGACCAAUCUUGUAUUUGAAAGCAGGUAGACAGAAUACCAAGACUUCCCAUAGACAAGUCGAACAUUUGGUUUAUAUGUUAGAAAGAGUUAUUGAUUUCAUGCCUGAUGGUCAAGAUUCUUUGGCUUUAUUGAUUGAUUUUAAAGAAUACCCUGAUGUUCCAAAAGUAGCAGGUAAUAGUACUAUCCCACCAAUUGGUAUUGGUAAAGAAGUUUUACAUAUUUUACAAACUCAUUAUCCUGAAAGAUUAGGUAAAGCCUUGGUCACAAAUAUUCCAUGGAUAGCUUGGACUUUCUUAAAACUUAUCCAUCCUUUCAUCGAUUCAAUGACUCGUGAGAAAUUGGUGUUCGAUGAACCAUUCCCAAACUAUGUUCCAUUAGAUCAAUUAGAUAAAUUCAACGGUGGCUAUCUGGAUUUCAAUUAUAAGCAUAAGGUCUAUUGGCCUACUAUGAAUAAAAUGGCAAAGGAAAAAAGAUCACAUUAUUUGGCAAGAUUCCAAAAAUUCGGUGGUGUUGUUGGUUUAAGUGAAUUAGAUUUAAGAGGUACCAACGAUACAUUAUCACGCCCUGUAGAAUCAGUAUAA